GAAAGAAGCGAAUCAUGGGAUUGUCGUUCUUCAAGACCAGCGCGAUGGAGAGGAUGAGUUAUGAGAAAGAGGCCAGCUAUCACCAGAUCGAGUGGCUGGGAGACGCUUUCGGUGCUUUGAGAACUAAAGGCUCGCGAAUGAAGCAGAGGAUCAUCGCUGGUUCGAUCGUCUCUGUGCUGAUGAUUUUCAUAUUCUUGGCUCAACUCGAGAAAUGGUGGAAGACCACCGACCCAACAGAUGCAGCGAUUGAAUCUGGUAUCUGGAACACAAGACCUGAAGACGAGGAGGUAGAAGCCACACCUGAAGCUAAAGCCUGCGAUAACACACCCGGAACCAUUCAAGUCGCCAUCUUCGAGCAUGUACGCGCACACGAUGAAGUCGACGCUGCUCUCGUCCACUCAAUCGCCUCUCAGCCCAACGUAAACCUCACUCUCGAGAAGAUAUUCCAUGCAUUCGGCUUGAACUAUACGGGUCCACUGAACCCCGACCACUUUAUGGGAACAGACAAACACACCACCAUCCCCGAUUUCUUGGUACUCACAACUUGCGAGUUGGCAUUGCGCGGAGCACCCAAACGUCUGGAAGCAUUGCUCGCUCAGGGAAAAACUCGCUUGAUCUGUAUUACCCACCAUGCCGACCACUGGGCAGAGGAACAGCGCAAAUCCGACAUUCGACCCUGGGUUGAUGCCAACAUGGUCGAAUUCUGGACCCUUUCACCUCAUACAGCUACUUUCCUUUCCAACACCAUCGCUGCUUGGGAUUCGAACGCCGACGAGCCUUGGGAUAAUCCUCCUUCACCUCCUAUCCGCGUCUUCGUGCCUGUAUUCCCUGUUGCUGCUCCCAACGUCACCGCAACGGAAAGUUCAGAUUUGAGUUUCGCUAUGCAAGGUGAUUACGAUCCUCACCGCAGAGACUACAAGCACAUCUUCGAGCGCCUGGGCAACUUUUUGGCUGCAGCAGAGGGUGACAGAAAUGUAUCCAUGCAUCUUGUUGGACAAGGACAACGACCCACCGUCCCUGAGAACGUGGCCAGUCACGUUUUCUUCGGCCAAGGACUUUCCUACAUUGAAUUUUAUGGCUUGCUUUCCAAGGUUUCUGCUGUAUUGCCUGGAUUUGCGUCGCCUGAGUACUUGGAUCGCAAGGCUUCGUCUUCGGUUCCUGCUUCGUUGAUUGCUGGCACACCGCUUGUUGCUGAUCGCAAACUUCUUGCUGCUUACGCGUACGUAGAGGAAGACUCUGUAUGGUUGCAAGAAGAUGGCGAAAACGAGUUUGAUGUCAUUGGAAGGAUGCUAAGUGCUUCUGCUGAAGAGAGAGCAGAGAAGAGCAAACACGCAAAACAAAAUGCUCAAAAAGUCAUUCAAGGCAAUAUCAGAAGAGUGGGUGAGUGGUUAGAAGAAGGCAUUACGAAAAUGUACUGUCGAGGUGGAUCAGAGGAAGAAGAAGAG